AUGAUCCGUCAACCCAGUAGUGUGAUUAUCGCAGGCCCGUCGGGCAGUGGCAAAACGGAUUUGGUGGAACAAUGGUUACGGUACCUCAACGUGUUUCAAGCCAAACCCCGUAAGAUUGUGUAUGCCUAUGAUCGUUGGCAACCCCGAUUCGAGCGUAUGCAAAAAAAGGAUGGGAUUCAAUUUUAUCGCGGGUUACCGGACCCUCGUCAUUUGACGCAAUGGUUUGGUCGGACGCGCGGCGGGGUGUUGGUCUUGGACGACCUGAUGGAAGAAGGGGGACAAGACAAGCGCGUGUUGGAUUUGUUCACCAAAGAUUCGCAUCAUCGUAACAUUACGGUGUUGUAUUUGACGCAAGAUUUAUUCCCGCCGGGUAAAUUUUCCAAGACCAUCAAUCGCAACGCGCAUUACAUUGUGGCCUUCAAAAACCCUCGGGAUCAAACAGGGAUACGGACGAUUUUAUUGCAAGCCUUUCCGGAUCGGUGGCGUCAAGUCUUGCGCCUAUUUAAACGCAUCACGGCCCGCCCCUUUGGCUAUUUAAUGUUGGAUGUGCAUCCAGCCUCGGAUGAUCGCUACCGUUUGUGGAGUCAUUUAACGCCCCGAGAAGGCAAAGCCCAAGUCCACACCUUGCGGGCGGAUGUCCCUGCCGAUCGAAAACGCGCUGCUACGAGAACGCGAACGUCAACGGCGGCAAAGAGAAGGCGGACAACAUACUGAGUUAGCCGCUCGCAUGGACGCCCACACGCCCGCGGGGGUAGGUUCCCCCUCGGUCCUCCGAGAUCUCAGCAGCAUGACGGACAUGGUGACCGAAUUGUCUCGACCCGUGGAUCGUACCCAAUUGCAGCAAGACAUUGACGAGUUCAAUUUGACUUACCCGGUCAAUGUAGAUGAUGCCUUGAAUGCCUUCACACUCCCGCCCGUGGCAGGCACUGGUACAGCCCCCGUCACCACUGCCACCACCACGGCAGCCCCAACCCGCCCCACGACCACCACCACCACCACCAGCCGACCACGACCCGUCACGUCCACCCGAACACGCCCUACCACCACGGCUACGACCACCACCGCCCCUGCCCGCCCCUCCACCUCCCGCCGCAGUGUCGGGGCAGGAACCAGGACCACCACCUCGACGACAACGACCCCCACGGGACGCCCCACCGUGGCUGCCAAACAACCGCGACGGCGCCCCAGGGUGCCCUCCCCACCGUCCCCAGGUUCGUCCCCUCCGUCCGAUGACGAGGAUGGCGAUGAUGAUGAUGACGAUCGACGGCGAGGCUUAAGGCGACGGUUGGAUUUGCUGAAUGAAGAUGCUCAAGAACGGGCACGAGGUCGACGGAUUCGCAACAUCACGCACACUAAUACGGUGACCACCGUGUAUGAAGAGGGGGGUCGUCCCUCGGUGCGCCGCACCUCCACCCGAACCUCCAGCCCAAGUCCACCCAGACCACCACGCCGAGGACGGGGCCGUGGCCGAGCACGCGGACGGGGCCGAGCCCGUGGACGAGGUCGUAGUAUAUAAAAACAGGGACCUUUCUUCCCCUGUCCAAAAAAAAUGUGUGGCCGUUGUCGAUACGCGAUGGGACGCAAACGCCAACGCAGGACGACACGACGACGACCACGUCGACGUAGGAUCAAGGGUGGAAAGGCGCCGUUUGUUGUGGAUGUCAAGAAAGGCUUCAAGUUGUUGACAAACCCAGCUAUGUGGAAGAUUCCUUCCAAAGCCGACGUCAAGGCCGACAAACAACGGGUGGCCAAUUAUAAACGCCAGUAUCGCGCUAGUGGCAGCAAGGACUCGUACAACAAGUGGUUGGUCAAGAAGGGGUAUGCCAAAAAAGUGGGUGGAUGCAGUUUGAUGUGAAAAUGUAUAAAAAAGAGGCUCAAAGUGUUCCGCUCUCCAAACGAGUUGUCAUGAGACCUAGACGGAAACGCAAACGCACUAAACGACGACGGCGUGUGAGUCAAGUGGGGGGUGUUGCGGCCAGCCUGCCUAUAGGCAUUUUCAAAGCCGGUUAUGCCGGUACCAAAGCCAUCGGGGAGCAUCAAACCAAGCGUGCCAUCAAAAUUGGUGAAAAACGUCGACGGGAAGUGGCUUCCGGCAAACGGAAAAAAUAUGCGGGGGAAUCGUUCAAUUGUUCCAUCAUGUAAAAAUGUAUAAAAAGACCUUCGUGGGUUUGGACAAGAGUUAAUUGAACAAUGGUCCGUGGCCCCAACGGUCGUCGACAUCGUUAUGUCCCUCGAAUACGACGCCGCCGACGUGGACGCCAACGCGGUGCUAAACUCCCGCUGUUGGCAAUGGCUCUCUCGCCUUUGUAUCUCCGGAAAUUCAAACCCAGAAUCCGACUACGACGCCCAGACUAAACGACGCCCAAAACGCAAAGCCGUCACGUUUGCGUUAGAUUGGGAUGACCAAUAUGACGCCGCUUUGUGUGCCCGGUGUCGACAUCACAUGCAAUCGCAUUAUCAUGGUGAAUUGUGUGGUCGGUGUGGUGCCAUUUUUACCAUAAAUAGACCUUGGUCCUUGCCUGAACUCAAGAUUCAUCAUGGGGUGGCGCAUGGAACGUCAAGCCCCGUUCUUAAAAAGUGUCUUACGAGAAGCCAAUCAACACAAACGACAAGAAUUGUUGCGGAUGGCCAAUGCGGAUCAGAUCAAUGCGGUCAGUGAAUUGGUGAUGAACACCCUCCGUGGUACAGUGCCCCGUUCCCGACAGACCAUUACGUUGCUCAAACCUCACGCUCAGAGUUUACGCGCCAUGGCUAAACCCGCUCAUUCCGUCAAACGACGACGCGCCAUCAUGAUGGCUCAAAAAGGGGGUGCCCUUUGGCCGGAACUCUACCGAUGUUAUAAACGUUGCAUGCGCUAGACCAGACCCCUCAGUUGCACCAUGGAACCCGAGAUGGUCAGCACCACGGUAAACAACGCCCCGGCUUUUUUACAAUUACGAGACCAGUACAAACAAGAAUUGGUGGAAGACACCCGCUUGACCAAAGCCGCCGAUUUAGCGGCCAAACAACAUGUCCUUCUGACCAGUGAUGUCCCUGAUGCUUGGAAACGGCCUCAACUCAAAGCCGUCAGCCGUCAAUUACGCCAUUGGACCAAAAAAGUGCGCCAACCCUUUGGAGCCGCUGCUGGGGGUGUGACUGCUGCCGGGGCCACGACGCCGGGUGACGAUGAUUUUGAAGCGGGUCCCAUGCAAGCCUGGUUUACGCAAUUGGUCAAGGCCACCCAGGGUAUAAAACAAGGCACCCCCACUGGUGGACCCAGAAAACCGCUUGUCCCGCCCAAGCCAAAGUUCACCCCUAGUGCCAAAAAGAAACUCAAGUUUACCACCCCAUCGACCAGUGCGGAGUUGGCCAAAGAAUUGCCCUUUUCAGAGGACGUGGGCCCGACACCUUGGGACACCCCCUCCUUAGCCGUCAAGCGCAAAAUCAGACAAAAAGCCAAAGAAGCGGCCAAAAAGAGAGCUACGAGUAUCGCCAAAAAGAAAGCCGCUGGUUGGGCCAAGAAAGCACUGGAUUGGAAAUCGUGGAAAACCCCCUAA